AUGCGACAUAUAACGAAAGAAUAUCGCGUCCAAGCGAUGUCAUUAUAUGUACAAUCAACUAAUCGUGAAUGUGAAAUACUUACAGAUGAAAUCAAACAUAUCAUUGAAGGUUUUCCGAGAAAUACUGAAGAAAAUGACGAACAAGUUGAUGCUGAAUCUGGUUAUACAGAAUUUAAACAUUACAAUGAAUUACGAGAAAAAAGAUUGAACUUAGAAGCUGAACAAUCUAUUUAUUUUUUAGAGGUACAGCGAGUCGAGGGCGAAAUCAAAGAACAAGAAGAAGAAAUAAUUGCCCCGACUCUUACUCGAUCGUUGGGCGAGGAUUUCUCGCUCCAACUAUAA